UUAUCAGAUAUACUCCCCUCGUGCUAUCAUAGCUUUCAACCAGCUGAAGUAGUUUCAUUUGAAAAUUGUUCCUUGGCAUCAUGUUCGAAGGUUUUGUGGCAGCGGUUGCCGCUGGAUCCAGUUUGGCAGGUUCGACAGUAAGUGCCCUGACAGCUAGCGGUGGAUACAGUGUUGCCUGUGGGAUAGAAACUGCCAACUGGACAAAAUAUACAUUGGAGAAACCCAUGGCAUUCAAUAAUGGUGGACUAAUUAAAACACCGCCGAUCGAUAUUCUUCCUGGUGUUAAGGAGGCAAUGAUAACACAUAAGACUGGAGGAACUGCUACCGGGACUUAUGGCUCAGUGUCCUGGGUUGUCAAGGACCGGCGCGUGGUGGUCAUGUGGUCAGUGCCGUUCAACCAUGACUACUACACUAACUGGCUUGCUGUUGGUCUCACUAAACCUGGCUUCACUGCGCAUGACAAAGCAUGGUAUGACACCAUGUACUACCACUCCAACACGCCAAUUUUAAAGUUUAAUAGAAAAAACUUUUAUGAGAAUGUCAACCCUGUUACUUUCUCAGAUGGAGAUUUCGAAGUAGAAGGAAACAUGGGAUCAACACACAUCGCGAACGUACAUAUUAUUGUCAGGCCGUGCAACAAAAGGGACUACGCUCAAUCACUUCUCAAAGUCUUUGAAAAAAAGUAAAGGUUCUAUCCUUCCUUUUAAUAAUUAAAAAAGGAAAACAAAUUAUACCUUACUGUUUAAUCUAUGUAAUCACCCAUUUGUCCUUUGAGUUAAACAAAUUACAUGCGAGGACUACUUACUUUCUGUACAUACAUCGAAAUAUACUACGUAUUGCUUGGUGCACGUUAGCUGGAUUUAUGAUGACAAUUAUACGUUGCAGAUGAUAUAUUUUCUGUUAACUUGCAACAAAGUUAUUUCUUUUCAUAUUCAUUUCUGUCAGAAUGAUUUAUUACUAUUAUCUAAAUGUAGGUACUUUUUACAUUUUGAAGUAUGUUUUUAUAAUUCAUUUUCCAGUGUUGAUAGGCUUUAGAUAAGACGUUCUGUUAACAUUUACCUGUUAUUGUAACGCAAGCCAUAUCACCAUGCGUAUACACCUUUAAGUAUUCACGUUGGCCUACACUUCUUAUUAAUUUACUUCUGAAAAAAUACUUGAAGUAUACACUGUAUAACAUAGUCCUAAUGCUUUACUGAUGUUGUAUAUGUGCCUAUAUGUUAUUGCCGAAUUGUAAAUUAUACUGUAUAUCAAGUUAAUGUGAAAACAGUUCUUGUUGCUAUCCGACUCACUAUAUAAAUGGAUAUUAACCAAA